AUGUUCAAGCGACCUUCACGACAGAAUACCGCGUCCUCGACCUUCUCCUCUUCGUCGCAGGAUUCACGGCCACCCCAUCAUAGACCCAGGGGUUUUGCCAAUCCUUGGCCCUCGGCCGCACCACCCUCUCUGGGUUCCAUCGUUAGCGCUGGGAUACCCAUCCGCUUCGCACCCAAAGUAGACCCGUAUGAGCCCGAGGUCGCGUCCGGACAAGAGAGAGUGCGAGGUAUACGAGUCGUGAGGCCCGAUUUCGACAAGGACGGGGAUGGAAGCAUUGUCGGGACAUGGUUGGGACAUGCGUCCUUCUUGAUCCAGUUCGCCAAGCCUGCUUUCUCGCCCGAUCACGAACCUAUACGUUUUCUAUUUGAUCCCAUAUUCUCUUACCGUGCAGGACCCGUAAGGUACAUUGGCCCGGCACGAAGACUGCCGCCUCCCUGCAACGUUGAGGAACUGCCAGAAAUCGCCUUUGUUUGUAUCAGCCACAACCACUAUGACCACUUAGAUCUCAAUAGCAUACUUGAGCUCAUCAAGCUUCAGCCCAAGGUUAGAUUUCUAGUUCCGUUGGGGAACAAGUCGUGGUUGGAAUCUUCUGGCAUUCCUGCCAAACAAAUAUCUGAACUCGACUGGUGGGAAAAUGUCGAUUUGGGGCCUGGUAUUGCUAGAGACGAUCCCUCGGCCGCCAUACUGGCCGAUGAAUACCAAUACGCGCACAAUGUAGAGAAGUUCGAGCCUCGGGUGCGUAUAACUUGCGUCCCGGCUCAGCAUGCUAGUGGUCGGAGCGUAACCGACCAAAACUCAACCUUGUGGUGUGGGUGGGUCGUGGAACAAUUCUUCGGCAGAGGUGAGAGUGAGAAGAGGGAUUGUGUAUACUUUGCUGGUGAUACGGGCUACCGGUCAGGCCUGGAUGCAACUGAAGUUUGUCCCGCAUUCAAAGAAAUCGGCGAGAAGUUCCGGCCCAUAGACCUGGCAAUGAUACCAAUAUGGAGAGGAGGCACCCUCUCUUUUGUCAGCGCUGCCGGACUGGAGUUAACGACCGACGCGCUGACUUUGGCACACCACGCCACGCCGUUGGACGCGCUGUGCAUACAUUUAGAUUUGCAGGCACGCCACUCCAUCGCUAUGCAUUUCGCCACGUUCGUGGGGAGCGAGGUGGAAGGAAGGAGGGCUAUCGAGGGGAUACAUGAGGCCAAGGCUAACUUGGUCAAGGCGAGAUCACAGGAGGGGAAGAAGCAGGAACGGGUCGGGA